AUGGAGGCGGUGGCUCUUUUCUCUUUCACAGCAUCAGAAGCAGACGAGAUCAGUUUUCAGAAAGGGGACGUUAUCAAGGUGACAGAGAUGGAGGAUGAUUCCUGCUGGUUCACAGCAGAGAUCCGGGGGAAGCGUGGCUACGUGCCAGAGAACUACAUUUCCCUGCUUCCUUAUCCGUGGUUUGCAGGACGGGUGUCGAGACUUGAGGCUGAAAAGCGUCUGCGCUGGCAGGACACUGGAGUGUUCCUGGUGAGGGAGAGUGAAUCAGCUCCUGGAGAGUUUUCUGUCUCUGUCAGCUACGGUGAAAGGGUGGAACAUUUCCGAGUGCUGGAGGGCGGCGGUCAGUACUGCAUCUGGGAUGAGUCGUUUUGCUCCCUCAACCGGUUGGUGGACUUCUACAGAACCCACAGCAUCGCCGUGGAGAAAGUGGUCUGCCUCAGAGACCCUCCCUCGUCCCCUCGCCUGCUGCCCCAGCCUGGACUUAACCCUUAUCCCAACCCUUAUAAGAGCAACUCUCAGGAGUCCCUCCCCUCAGCCCGCCUCUACUCCCACCCCUCUCACCCAGAAAGAGAGUCCUCCCCACGUCUGCUUGAACCAGUUGUGGGGAAACCUCGUCUGGCUCACGCCCUCUGCGACUACACUCCCCCUCAGACCGCCCACCUCCACUUCCUGCGUGGUGACAUCAUCGACCUGCUGGACUGCUCGAGCCCGCUGACCUGGAGAGGGCGCUGUCGAGGCCGCGUAGGGAUCUUUCCUCCAGAAUACGUGCAGCCGCUGUACCACUGACACCACAGAAAACUGAACACCGGCUCCAUCAGCGACUACGUUUACAUGCUCACGAAUUUCCACCAUUAUUCUGAAUAUGACAAAAAUCUGAAUUUUACCCGUCUCAUGUAAACAGCUUAUUGGGGUUGGAGGCUCCAAAUUAGGCUUUAUUUUAAAAAUAGCAUUUUUCCAGUUUGGAAAAACUGCUUUGCUGAUAUUCUUCGCAGUUUGCAGCAUGCGGCCUCUUGCCUGUUCAUAGUCAGCUCUGUGUGUUGCCUAGCCAACAGUUUGCAAGGCCGCAUGUGCGAAAGAAAAACUCAAUUUCCACCUGGUAGAAGAAACACACCUACUUUAAAUGCGAUGAAAUACUUGGAUACCGACAGGUUUUUGGAAAUGCACAAAUAUCACAAUGCUGACCAGUUCAAGAAGAUGGUUGCGUGAAUGAAAAGAAGGAGGCUGUGUUUGAUAAUCAGCUGCAUGUAAAUGACAAUGUUAGUGGAAUAGUCAUUUUCAUCAGCCAUGUAAACAGCUUACCAGGAAUAAUGAAUAUUUUGUGGAUGUAAGCACACUGACUCUCAGGCUCUCCUCACCUUCCUUACAUAACCAGUGAUUGAACUGCUGCUAAAACAAUUACAAGUACAAUAAUCAAUUAGUCCAUGGACAGGAGAAAAUUAAUUGAAAGCAAUUUGAUUGAAGGGCCUAAAAACGUAUCUUGUCACUCAGCUUCGGGCUCCUGUGUGAACAGUGUUUUAGUUUUGGGUAUUUCACAUGAGAGAUUUCUGUGUUUCUGUUUUUCUCUGAGCUCCUGAAGUGGGCGGGGAGUGAUGUCACCUACUUGCACCAAUCACGAUUUAGCAACAUGUGAAACCAAACCUGAUGGCAGUUGUUGGGUUGUUACUGUCACUGUCAAUCAAAUCUGAUCAAACCAUGCUGUCACAGUCCUGAUUGAGUGUUAAAACGAAAACCAAAACUGUUUUUUAAACUUUCAUCAAUUCAUUAGAAAGAAAUGCAACGCCAGAGUCUGUGUUUGGGUGUUGAAGACUAUUACAGCAUAUGUGAAAAAACUUGUAGAAGGUUUUUUGGCUCCAGGGGGAGUUGUUCAAAAUCAGAUAAAUUGCCUCAAGUGACGUCACUUGAGGCAAUGCAUGGGAUCAAAUGAAUGCAUGGGAUGAAAAGGACUGUAUCUCUGACUCUGUCUGCAUUGAGUUUUUGUUAAACUGUACAUCAUGAGUCUGACAGUGUUAUGAGUGUAAUGCUUAAUUUGUGCAGUAGUGAAAAGUUUUCCAGGCCUUCAUUCAAACAAUUCAAGUAACAAGCAGAAAUGCCAAAUAUUUAGGUUCCAUAUCUGUUCCAGCUGCUCAAAUGUGAGGAUUUGUUGUUGCUUCUUAUAUCAUUAUUUCUACCUUUGGAUGGUGGACUGGUGGUCACUGCAGGCAAUUCAAACACAUCACCUUCAUUCUGUGGGUUUCAUAUCUUCCUCACAUUUUGUCACAGGUCAAAAAUGAUGAAUCAAAAAUGAACAGAAUUGUUUCAGCCCUGAAACCUUUUCAACCCGCCUUCUGAGCCCUGAUGUCCUCCCUCCACCAGCAGCUUGUAGCGAACAUGUUACAUUUCAGUUAAAAUUAGCCUUAUGUUCUAUUUAUUUGUCAUGUUUAUUUGUCUAUG